CAACCUUGUCACUCUGCCCGUUUUAUUUCCCGGGAACAAUGUCCAAACUCCAAACCAAAGUCCAAAACCUGGAGCCGCGCUUUUCUCAUUCGUUUCGUUCAGGGACUCAGCUACCAAAGUGAACGUUCAAAAUGCGGACCAGAAACCAGUUGAAGCGACCGCAAGCUUCCGGAAAUGAGGAUGCAAUGAAAGCUAAACAUGAAUCAGAAAGCACAAGCUGUACAGCAUCAGAACAUGAUAGUGGCUCUCUUACCAAUAAAUCAAGGGAAGCUGUGGACAGGCUUUUGAAACGUACUAAUUUUCGUGGCUCACCAGGGACAAAUAAACAUGACAGCAAACUUCUUUGUCAUGAAUUUGAUGGCACGCCGGAUGUUGGUUCGAAGGGAAAUAACAAACAAAACGUUAAAAGGAAUCUCAGGUAUGAUGUACUUUUAGAUGGAAUUACUACUACUGAUACAAAGGGAAAAACUCCGGUGGAAGAGAAAGUUGAGGAGCAAAAUCCGCAUUCUGCUUCCCCUGACAAGGAAGAAGGAUCAGAUGAUUCUGAUUGGGAAGAUGGUUUGAUACCCAUCCCAGAUUCUAGAGAACAUACUCUUGCAACGGAGGUGACUGUUGAAUUUAGUGAAUCACCAUCUUCUGUUAAAAAGAGGUCUAUUCGAAGAGCUUCAGCCGAGGACAAGGAAUUGGCUGAGCUUGUGCAUAAAGUUCAUUUGCUCUGUUUAAUAGCACGGGGAAGAUUAGUUGACAGUGCUUGCAAUGAUCCUCUUAUUCAGGCUUCCUUACUUUCACUUUUGCCAACACACUUACUGAAUAUAGCGGAAGCUCCGAAACUGACUGCAAAUGUGUUGACCCCUCUUGUCAAUUGGUUCCAUCAAAAUUUUCAUCUUAGAGGCUCAUCUGACCCAGAGAGAUCAUUCAAGUCAAGCCUGGCCUAUGCUCUUGAAAGUCAUGAAGGGUCUGUAGAAGAGGUCACUGCAUUGUCUGUGGCACUGUUCAGAGCUCUUAAUCUAACAACUCGGUUUGUGUCCAUCCUGGAUGUGGCUUCUCUCAAACCAGAUAUGGACAUGUCUGAAUGUCCAAACAAUGGCACAACUAGAGGGGAGACAGGGAUUUUUAACUCUUCCACACUGAUGGUGGCCAGGCCAAAUCAAGUUUCUGCUUUUCCCAUUCUUAUGUCUUCAAAUAAAACAAGCUAUCAAGAAACUGCCCAUAAAUCUUCUCCUGGAGUUGUGGGUCAAACGAGUGAAAAUAACUUGACAUGCAAGAGCACUCAAUCAAAAGAUCAAUUGGCUGAGGGUUUGAUAGAUUCAUUAGCUUGCAAAGCAAUCAAUGCUGGUGUAGAAGCAUGUCCAACCAAGAAAUCUGAAGGACCAAAGAGAAAAAGGGAUCUAGAGUUCGAAAUGCACUUGGAAAUGGCUCUUUCUGCCACUGCUGUAGCUGUUCGUGCGGGUAAUUCAGGCUCAAAUUUGAAAGACGUGUGUGGUAGUUCAUCAUAUUUUUCUUCUCCAAUGAAAAGAAAGAAAAUAAUUGAAAGUGAAGUAUCUCCAGUUUCCUCUCAGGCAAUUUCUACUGCAGUUGGAUCAAGAAAAGUAGGGGCUCCAAUGUAUUGGGCAGAAGUCUAUUGUAGUGGAGAAAACUUGACAGGAAAGUGGGUGCAUGUUGAUGCUACCAAUGCUAUUAUUGAUGGUGAGCAGAAUGUAGAAGCUGCAGCUGUGGCCUGCAGAAAGUCUCUAAGAUAUGUAGUGGCUUUUGCUGGCCAUGGGGCUAAAGAUGUGACUCGCAGGUAUUGUAUGAAGUGGUACAAGAUAGAAUCACAGAGAGUUAAUCCAAAUUGGUGGGAUGCAGUGUUGGCACCGUUGAAGCAUUUGGAAUCUGGUGCUACCGGAGGUUUGGUCCAUUUGGAUGCAAACCCAGAGAGUGCUUCAAAAGGUCUCUCUACAUCUCAAAAAUAUCUUCCUGACCAUGUCAACUUGGGUCAUAAGUUUAGCAAAGAAACAUCUAAACUACGCUGCAUGGAUAGCAAUGCAGAAUCUUUAGGACGAAGCUCCAGGGUUGCUACCAGAAACUCUCUUGAGGAUAUAGAACUGGAAACUAGGGCAUUAACUGAGCCCCUUCCAACAAAUCAACAGGCCUACAAAAAUCACUCCCUUUAUGCUAUUGAAAAAUGCCUUACCAAGUAUCAGAUACUACAUCCAAGGGGUCCUAUUCUUGGUUAUUGUUCUGGUCAUCCAGUGUACCCGCGCAUGUGUGUUCAAAUGCUACAGACUAAACAAAGAUGGUUACGGGAAGGGUUACAAGUCAAAGCAAAUGAAAGUCCUGCAAAGGUGGUGAAACGUUCUCUGAAGCUUGGCAAACUUCAAGAGUCUGAAUCUGGUAUUUACGAUGAAGAUGGUGGUGAACGAACUAUUGAACUUUAUGGGAAGUGGCAGAUGGAACCAGUACGUCUUCCUUGUGCUGUAAAUGGGAUUGUACCAAAGAAUGAACGUGGUCAAGUGGAUGUGUGGUCUGAGAAGUGCCUUCCGCCUGGAACUGUGCACCUGAGACUACCCAGAAUAGUUCCUGUUGUGAAGAGGCUGGAAAUUGAUUUUGCCCCCGCAAUGGUUGGGUUUGAAUUCCGAAAUGGUCGCUCUGUUCCUGUUUUUGAAGGAAUCGUGGUUUGCACCGAGUUCAAAGAUGCAAUAUUAGAUGUAUAUGAAGAAGAGGAGGAGAUAAGAAGGGCUGAAGAGAAGAAACGGAAUGAAGUGCAAGCUAUUUCUAGGUGGUAUCAGCUUCUUUCGUCAAUUCUAACACGGCAAAGGCUGAACAACACUUAUGGGGAAGGUUCGACUUCACAGGCCCCCAGAGACAUCCACUCAAGGGAUGACUUAUGUGGAGCCCAGACUACUAAUAGCCAGGAAGACUUGCAAUCUGUUGGAUGUCAACCAGGAUAUCUACAAGAUGCCAAGAUGGAUGCUCUAUUAUCAGUUCGUAAUGAGGACCAUGAACAUGUAUUUCCAAUAGAGGAUCAGAGUUUUGAUGAUGAGAGCUCAGUGCGGACAAAGCGAUGUCCCUGUGGAUUCUCGGUCCAAGUGGAGGAGUUGUAGCAUAUCAAUGAAAGUUAAUUCUCUCCUGAUCAAACAUGACAAUUUGCAGGAUAUGGUUUUGAUAUUGAGUUUCCAUUUCUGGUUGAUUUACCAAACCAGAAAUAGGCUUUUUUAUGGUUCCAUAAA